UAUAUGUAUGUACAGCGAUAGACAAGAUCGUGAUGGUAUAAGUGGAGCGAUGGCCAGCGAUUCUUGUUUGUAGUUAGAUCCUGAGGAAUUCGAAAUCUUCAUUUAUAUUUUAUGACGUACAUCUGCAUAUAUGUAUGCAAAUCAGUAUACACGCGUAUCUAAACGAGCAUCCGCAAGGUUUUCGCUUUCGCGUUGCACUGUCGAACCCAGCAGAGAUGAAGAUUGACAAUUGAUACACAAUUGAUCAAUGACGCAGAGAUAACGAUAAUGCAAGCUCGCAGAGUUGAAUUAUCGCGAAAUGUGGAAACCAGGCUCACAUUCGCUGUUCACUCGCUCAUGUGUACUCUCCUUUACAAGUGUAAUUGCCAGGUGGACAAGUAACAAACAAGAUACUGCCAAGUAGUACGGAUAUAGAAAAAGUUUUUAAUUUAUACAAAUAUUACGUGCGUGUUUUACAUUGCGCUCUCUCGGGAAUAACUCGUGAAAUAACUUGCAAAAUGUUGGUCGCAAAUGUUGGUUUUCGAAGGAUCGUGAUAAGCCGUGGAGGAGUGGCACUAACACAACGAUUAGCUAGAAGCACUUUAGCGUCGUACAAUACUCCUGAGUAUCAAUAUAUACAAAUAAGCAAAAUUCCGACGUUGCACUUCCAAUCAUCCUUACCACAGUUACCAGUGCCGAAGCUCGAAGAUACCUGCACCAGGUAUCUGAAUGCGCAGAAACCUCUGUUGAGCCCCGAGGAACUGCAAAACACACAAGCCUGUGUCUCGAAAUUCCUUGUCAACGAGGGACAGAGCUUGCAAAAGCAGCUGGUCCACGAAAACAGCCAAAAUUCACGUACCAGUUACAUCAGUGAGCCAUGGUUCGACAUGUAUCUGCGAGACCGCAAGCCCUUGCCAAUCAAUUACAAUCCUUACUUGGUGUUUAUGCCUGAAUCCGAUGCCGAGUAUAACGGGCAAUUGGUCAAGGCGACAAAUCUUGUGGUAUCGUCCUUAAGGUUCAUGAAGUCCCUCAGGAAUAACGUGCUGGAGCCAGAGGUGUUCCACUUAAAGCCGGAGAAAUCGGAUACCGAGCUGUUCCGCAAUGUCACAAGACUGAUCCCAGCACGCUUCAGCUGGUACGGUGCUUACUUGUUUAAGGCUUACCCGUUGGACAUGUCUCAGUAUAAGAAUCUGUUCAAUACAACUAGGAUACCGGAAUUGGAGAAGGAUAGAAUCUUCCACGAUCCUUCAGCGAAACACUUGAUCGUCCUGAGGAACGGACAUUUUUACGCAUUUGACGUUUUGGACGCGGACGACUCUAUCCGUAGCCCUAAGGAGAUAGCUGCGUGUGUGAAGGCGAUUCUCGAGGACGAGAGGCCGCCGAAUCGACAUCCCGUGGGCGUUCUCACAACGUCGGAGAGGGAUCAGUGGGCACGGGCACGUUCGCAUUUAAUCGAAACGGGCAACCAGGAGAUUCUCAAGAAGAUAGAUUCGGCAGUGUUCGCGCUGAUCUUGGACGACGAAGAAAUUGGUACUGACUAUAACCAGUUGAUGAGGAAAUACCUGCACACGGACGGCACCAAUCGGUGGUUCGACAAGUCGUUCUCUCUCAUCCUUUCCAAGGAUGGCUAUGCCGGAAUCAACUUCGAGCAUUCGUGGGGUGACGGAGUCGCGAUGCUCAGAUACUUCCAGGACGUGAAAGGCGACAUAUCGAAGAAGCCUAGAUUCCAUCCCAGCGAGGUGAACGAGCUGGCGAAGGAAAGCGUGAAAAUCGAGAGACUGCAGUUUUCGGUAGACGCGAAGAGCGCCGGUAUAAUUGAGCAAGAGAAAGCAAGGUAUCGGGAGUGGAUCAACCGGUUGCGCGUUGAUCACAUAAUUUUCGAAGAAUUUGGUAAAGACGAGUGCAAGACGCUCGGGGUAAGUCCGGAUGCCGUGAUGCAGCUGGCGUUCCAGUUAGCGUUCUACACCCUAGAGGGCAAACUGGUAUCAACUUACGAAUCUUGCAGCACAGCUGCAUAUAAGCACGGCAGAACGGAGACUAUCAGACCCUGCACGUUAGAGACUAAAGCGAUCUGCGUUGCUAUGUCCCAGAGGCAGAACGAGCUUUCUAAAUCAGAGUUGAAAAAGAUGAUACUCGAUUGUAGCAAAGCUCACAAUGUGCUCACGAGGGACGCCGUGAUGGGUCAGGGCUUUGACAGGCAUCUGUUCGCCCUGAAAAGAAUUUCCGAGAAGUCGGGCGCGCAUAAACCUGCCAUUUUUCACGAUCCAGCGUACGACGCUAUCAAUUACAACAUUCUGUCUACGUCUACGUUAUCGAGUCCAGUUGUCGCGGCCGGCGGAUUCGGGCCAGUGGUAGCCGAUGGCUAUGGAAUAGGGUACAUGAUCCAGGAUCAUCGUUUAGGUGCUACCGUGACGAGCUACGAAGGCAGUCGCAAUGCCAGCAAGUACGUACAAUCAUUAGGUCAUGCAUUCAAGAACAUUUGUGAUGUGCUACGCGCAUAAUAAUAUUAGAAUUAUGGCAUAAUGUUGCCAGGUGUCUAGGGUGAUAAUCGAUAUAUAUAUAUAUUUUUAUUAUCGAAUGGAAAUAAUUAGCAUUUAUGUAUAUGUAUAUAUAUAUAUAUAUAUUUUACAACAGAAAUAUUUUACACGCUAGAAGAAUGUUCAUAAUCAGAAUGUUCAUUAUAUCAAAGGUACGUCUGCUUCAGUACCUUAAACAUGAGGAGCAAGCACCGACCUUUGAUAAUCAGAAAUUUUAUAUUGUUGAAUAAAUAUUUUUAAUACUUUUUAA